GCGUUUUGUAUCUCCAAUCCUUACCAACUUCCUGUUUUUCCCAUUCAGAAAACGUUGAAAUAGUGGUGCUAAUCCUGCUGUACGCUGUAUAUCUGGAAAUAUUGUUGACAUUUGCGCUGAUUGUUAGGCUGUACGUAAUUUAUGUACUUAAUAUAAAGCUUACCUAAUUAAAUUAGAGAUUGUUCCUGAUAGCUAGAGCUAGUUUUGAAAAGUCUCGUGUCUGUGAUUCUCGUUUCCUGGGUAUUCUCUUCUGAUCAAGUUGGAUACUUACAAAGAUUGUGUGUUUGCCGCCUGUCUUAACUAGAGAAACCAAAAUUGUUACUCCUUCUUGAAGCUCAUCAUGACUGGUAUUGGUUUCGGUGAGGCUAAUCCUCCUAAAACACCUCCUGGGUUUUCUUAUACGACGUCAGGAUCUUCUGCUAGUUUUACCACUCCUCCCAAGAGGAAAUACUCCGUUAGUCAUUCUAAUAAAAGACAAAAAACUUUACCUAGUACCCCUGAAGCAACUCCAAAUAAGACACCAAGAUCUAUUAGGAAAAAGGCAAAAGAUAUUAUUUUAACUCCUCCUCAGUCGAGUCAAAAACAGCCUUUCCAAACACCUAGACCGGCAAUGUUCUCAUUUGGUAUGUUUCUACCUACUCCUCUGACCGUUGGAUCAGGGAGAAAGUUUAAACAAAAACCAUCAGAAAUAUCUGAUGAAAAAUUACCACAACCGGAAUUAAAAGAUAGUAAAGAAUUAAAUGAAGAUGGGGAUUAUUUGGAUCAUGAAUUGAUAUCAAAACCAAAAAAAUCAAUCUCGGAAACUUUAAAAGCAUUAGCUGGUUCUAAUGAUACUGAAGUUAAGGAGACCAGAUCAUGUACACCUCCUCCCUUGGCUGCUGCUUCAAAAAACUUACCAGCUACUCCCCAAAAUAAUAUAAUAGACGACAAAUUGGUGAAUGAAUGGCAUGCAAAGUCUUUUAAUCGUAAAAAAAUCUAUUCUGAUGUUGAAGAUGAUGAUGAAAUUGAUAGUAUUUUACAAAAUGGUAAAUCAAAUCAAAUAUCAAUUCCAAAUCCUUUUGUUGAUUCUAAAUUACCCAAUCCAUCAAAAUUUAAUUCUAAAAUAUUGAACUCUUUAUAUGAUGAUGAUGAAAAAGAAGAAGAAAAAAAUCAUAAAUUAAGUAAUCCUUUUGGUAUAUCAAUAAAACUGAAGGUUGAUUUUUCAUCUCAAGCAGAAUUCAUAAAUCAUAAAACUGGCGAACGAGUCAUUAGAGAAUUAUCUGAUAAAGAAAAAUCAAUAAAACCGAAAAAAUUACUAUUUGAUCUUGAUUCUUCUCCUCCUCCAUCUAAUUCGACCCCUUCAAAUGAUCAAAGUAAUGUCUCAACAACAAAUUUACCCGGUACUACCCCAAGACCAAAACCAACUUUUGUUUCUUCCCCUUUCACUUCAUCUACAUCUACUCCUAAAAAUGAUACUCCAACUACAAGAUUUCAAAAUCCUUUUAAUUUACCUUCUAAUAACUCAACCCCAAUACGCUAUCCUAUCCAUGAUAAAAAAAUGAAAGUUAAUAAUAAUAUACAAAACAAAAAAAAAGCAGAUGAAUUAAUUGAUAAUUCAAUUGGUAAAAAAUUUAUACUAAAAAACCUAAAUGAUUUUAUGGUUGAUGGUAAAUCAAAAAAUAAUUUGGGUUUUGAAAUUUUUAAAGAUGAUGAUUAA